GAGGCAGGUUUGUUUUCCUGGUGGUUUGCUGGUUUCCUGAAUGACGGAGUUGCUCUGAAGUUACUGGAAGUGCAGCGGUUCAGUGGAGAGACCAGUUUUCACUGAGACCAGACGAACACACAGGGAUUGACAGAAUGUCUUCAUCGGAGCCCAUCAUCAAGUCGAGACAGACAGAGAAAGACGUCAAUGGAGUUUCCACGCAGGUCGUCUGUACGGAGUUCAGUAAUUACAUAUUCAUCGUUCUCACUCAGUACGGCAAAAUCGGGAGCUUGAUAUCUGUCACACCCGACUCCAGAUCGAAUGAUAUCAGCACCCCGACUUUCUCCACCAAGGUGCUGCUGGGCAAAGAUGAGCCUCUGACACAUGUCUAUGCCAAAAACUUGGUGACGUUUGUGUCGCAGGAAGCCAGCAACAGGCCUGUGUUGCUGGGACUGGCACUAAAGGAUUCGUCCAUAGAUUCAAUAAAACAAAUGAAAGAGAUAAUCAAAAGCUGUAAAGUCUGGUAGGAGGUCAACCAAACGAACACUUUUCUUCCUCCUGGAUGCCACCAAUGUCAUAUUUUUUCAUCUUUUUGAACUUAAAGGAUUCUACUCAAUGCUAAUAUUUCAUAUAUUGAAAAUAAAACCCAGUGGCUUGGGCCUCAUGACGGAAAUUUAUAAAUCUGAUUUAAUUUGGUCUAAUCCUUUAGAUUUGUUGAGAUAGGAAGGAACGUCCAAUGGAAAACAAGUAAGAGUUAAUCUGGUUUUAAGGGUGUGUUUGCUCCACGCCUCUGUGCUCUCAAAAAGGGAGGAAUGUGCAAAGACUUCAUGGAAAAGGAUUCAAUUUCAUCAUAGCCCCCGCAUUUCAUUUUAUAAUCUGUUAAUACUUUAUACUGAUAAUAUGUUUGUAUCGUCCAAUGCAAAUAGUCUUGAGUUGUGUCUUGAUGAAGAACUUCGAAAUAAAACUGGCCACUUUCUCAAACUUGUCCUUUUUCUGUCUUUGAAACAAAUGUGACUCAAUCAUGUCUGCCCCAGUGAAGAAUUGUUUAGGCUUAGCUCUGGAUAAACAUUUUAAGUAUCACAAAUAUCCCCAUCAAAUUGGAAAAUUGGUCCAGGCCUUUUCUAAUCAGGCUGAGGUAUUUGGCUCAUUUAUCAGGUGUGGCUGCAUCACACAGGCUGCUAUGCAGUUAAGCAGUCAUUUAGACUCUGUCAGCACAUUUCAAAGAAGUAUACUCUGUGCUUUUACUGUUUUACUGCAGAUUAUGAGGAAAAAGUAGCAUUAGAUGUCAGCAGUAGUGUAUACAG